GGUUUCGGGAUAACAUGUGAUUCAUUCGAAUUUUUUGCAUUUAAAAUUUUCGUUUUUUCGUUUGUUUCAACAAAAUCGAAAACCAAAAUUAUUUUCGCCAAAACAAAAAUGAGCUCACCGAUUCUUGCGGAUACAAAUACCGAGGAAAAAGAUCCAAUCGAAGAAAUGUUGGAUCGUACUGGUUGUAAAAAGACACACAUUUCUUUACAGGAAUGUAUGUAUGAACAUAAAGAUUGGCGAAAAUGUCAACAUUUAGUAAAUGAAUUAAGGGAUUGUAUGUUGGAAUAUGAAAAACAAAAACGACCAGAAUUUCAAAAUAUAGAUGGUGAAAAAUAAUCUCUCCAAAUGUUAAUCUCUUUUUUUAAUUGAAAAAAAACUUGUUAAUUUUUAAAAAAAACAUUUAGUCAAGCUUAGGAAUAAAAA